CACAUCGGUCUCUCCUCAAGCAACACGCCGCCGGAACUGUUUGCUUUUAUGCCCGAAUCGUUUUUGGAAGAUAUUGCAAACUAUCUGACCUUUGUAUUCAGGCAUUUCUCAUCCAACGCCGUUCCUAUUGAUCCUACAGCUCAACCUACCCUAGUUGCAUUUGUUCUGUUCAUCAUCUGUCACGCACAUUUCGUUCGCAAUCCAUAUUUGGUGGCCAAAUUCGUUGAGGUGCUAUUCUUCUGUGAUCCAUCCGUCAGUGGUCGACCGAACGAUUUCCACACGGCCACAAAAUUGCACUCUUUGGCCACCACUCAUCUGAUCAGUUCUGUCAUUCAGUUUUAUAUUGCUGUCGAAUCAACCGGGGCAACUAAUGAGUUCUAUGACAAGUUCUCCAUUCGCUACAACAUNUUUGAUCACGUGGUGGCGUGA